AUGUCAUCUAAACGACUAGUUCAUUUCACCAACUUGUAUCCACGUCUGAGGAAAUACAAACUUAUAUUAUACACCAUCACAUGUAUUAUUUUACUUCUAUUGAGUAUUUCAGCAUAUUUGUAUACAAUUCCAUUAUAUACUGAAGAUCAAAAAAGAUGUGAUAUGGUUUGGAUGUGGCCAUCAUAUGCACGUCUUACAGCAUUUGAUGAAACUCAUAGUAAAUUUUCUUCAAAAUAUGGAUUAUAUUUAUAUAGAGAACAAGGUAAAGAUAGACAACCUAAUGAAAAUGAAGAUCAUGAAGGAUUUAAAUCAUUUUUAACAGGUAUACCAGCAUUAUUUAUUCAUGGAAAUGCAGGAAGUUAUGAACAAGUUAGAUCUAUUGCUGCAAGAUGUUCAGAAAUGUAUUAUGAUGAAAAUAUAAGUAGUAAAUAUCCAAAAGCAAGAAAUAUUGAUUUUUUCACUGCUGAUUUUGAUGAACAAUUAAGUGCAUUUUGGGGUAUGUCAGAUCAAGUUGAAUAUGUUACUGAUGCAAUUAAAUUUAUUUCUGAUUUAUAUCCUGAUAGUCCUAAUAAAAAUAUUAUAUUAAUUGGUCAUUCAAUGGGUGGAUUAGUGGCAAAGAUUGCUGCUGCAAGAAAUGAAGGUAUUGUUAAUACAAUAAUUACAUUAUCUACACCUCAUGCUGAUCCAUUUCCUUGGUUACUGAAAACUUCAGACUUUAAUGAUGAAGUAGGUAUGAUUUCAAUUUAUUCCCUGACGGAUUUAAUGGUUCCUCCACUGGUAAUUCAACCUAAUCGUAAAUAUGAUCAUUAUUUUACUGUUGAUGCUGCAAGAUUACUAGGGGUACCAAUUGAUCAUCAAGGUAUGGUUUGGUGUGGCCAAUUAAGAGAAAGAGUUUCUGAAGCAUUAAUGGGGAUUAGUGGAUUGGUUACUUUACAAGAUAGAAUGAAAGUAUUUAAAGAAGUUUUCUCUGGAGAUCUCGGUCCCGUACCAGUUUAUGGAUUAGCAUAUUAUAAAUUAAUAAUUAUGCAAAGUUGGGUACAAGUAAUGAAAUUGGUUCUCUUCUGUUUGAAAUGGUUAUUCAUUGGUAUGAUAUUUAUUCAAUUACGUAAACUUUAUAGAAAAUUUACAUAG